AUGUAAGAGGAAUUAUCAUAUAAUCCUGAAAUUAUGAAAUCUUAAUUGAGCAUGUUACCUCCCAUCGAAUAAUUUACAUUGCAACAAUUAGCAAAUAAGAGGAAAGUUAAUUUUAACAUGAUGCUUUCUUUACCGGUUAAUUAUUAAAUCUCAAUUUGUAGUUUCUAUUGAAGGACAAGGCUUUGGAAGACAGAAAAGACACCAUAGCUCUAUUUAGAAAACGAAAAUUCGAGCCCUUAUUACCUUAAAAACACAACAUACCAUUAAUUAAUAGUGGCAGAAUACAUUGCACUGAGUUUUGGUCCGAUAAAUAUUAGACGACAGCCUUGCGUGAUUCCCACAUUGAGAAAAAUCUCAAUAAGUAUAGAUAAAUAAUCAAAACUAACAUUCAGGAAUACUUAGUUAAGUUUGAAAUGCAAGCAAAAGAAUAGUUGGAAGAAGCACGCAAGUAUUAUUGAAUGAAUUAAUUAAGUAUCAAAUAUUAGGAAAUUUUCAAAAAAUAACCUUCAAUUUCUGAAGAUGAUUUUGCUCCCACUAUGAAUGAGUUAAAUGUAAGUCAAUGCACAUAAGAUGAAAUAUUUAAUUUCUAUAGAGAACCCAAGAAAUAUAAUGUAACUUAACUGCAAAAAACUAGUUUGCGUAACCUUGAUAAAAUUACAAGUAGCAGUCUAAAACAGAGUUAUAUAGAGAAAUUUGAUAAAGUGAUAAGUGUUUGUGAUCGAUAUUCAAUCAAUUCAAAUAGACAUUCAAUGGAUAAUAUUAAGUAUUAUAAUUUUAGUAAUAUAAGUACAAUUGGGUUUGGUAACAUUAAAAAGCGAAAAAAAAAUAUACUUGACAGCAAGACUAGCAGAAGCCAUAUUAAUUGA